GGGGCCCAGGCGGAAGCGCGGUCCUCGGGACCCGGAGUUGGGAACACGGGGUAGGCGCUGCACUCCCUACCCUCCCGGCUUGCUCACCCGCCCGCCCGCCGGCCCAUGGCGGUGCAGGCGCUGCAGAGCUCGGGCGUGGGCCUGCGCAGGAUUCUGGCUCACUUCCCGGAGGACCUGAGCCUGGCCUUCGCCUACGGCUCGGCGGUGUACCGCCAGGCGGGACCCAAUGCACACCAGGAGAACCCCAUGCUAGACUUAGUGUUCACAGUAGAUGACCCUGUCGCCUGGCACGCCAAAAACCUGAAGAAGAACUGGGGCCACUACUCCUUCCUCAAACUCCUGGGGCCCAGGAUCAUCUCCUCUGUGCAGAAUAACUAUGGUGCCGGCGUCUACUUCAACCCACUGGUCACGUGUGACGGGAAGCUUAUCAAAUAUGGGGUCAUUACCACUGGUACCCUAAUUGACGACCUCCUGAACUGGAACAGUCUGUACAUCGCCGGACGCCUCCAAAAGCCGGUGAAGAUUGUGUCGAUGAGCGAGAACGUGGUUCUUAGAUCGGCCCUGGAUAAGAACCUGAAGAGCGCGGUGACCGCCGCCUGCCUCAUGCUCCCUGAAAGCUUCUCUGAGGAAGACCUCUUCAUAGAGAUUGCUGGGCUCUCCUACUCAGGUGACUUUCGCAUGGUGAUUGGCGAGGAGAAAGCCAAAGUCUUGAACAUCGUGAAGCCCAACGUGGCCCACUUCCGAGAGCUCUAUGAGAACAUACUCCAGGAGGACCCCCAAGUGGUAUAUAAAAUGCAGCAAGGCCGACUAGAGAUAGAUAAAAGCCCAGAAGGACAGUUCACUCAGCUGAUGACAUUGCCCAGAACCUUACAGCAGCAAAUCAAUCACAUCAUGGACCCUCCUGGGAGGAACAGGGAUGUGGAAGAGACCUUACUGCAGGUGGCUCAAGACCCCGACUGCGGUGACGUGGUGCGGCUAGGGGUCUCGUCGAUCGUCAGGCCUUCGAGCAUCAGGCAGAGCACCAAAGGCAUUUUUACUGCCGGUGUGAAGAAGUCAGUGAUUUAUAGUUCACGGAAACUGAACAAAAUGUGGAAAGGCUGGCCUGGAAAGACUAAGCCCCCCAAGCUGCUUACCUUCCCACGGGAGGCAGCUUCCUCCCGGGCUCGGAUGGCAGGAGAAGAGGAGCUCCAUGGAUGUGAACCAAGGAGGAAGGACACCAGCAAGCAGUUUCGUCCUCCACCACAGGUGGCUUAUCUGUUCCGUCAAACCUCAGGGUCUUCGUAGCCUCGUGCCCUCUCUGUCCACCUCAUACUGUUUCCGUCGUCAGUACUCGGGUGCUGACCCUCCGAUUCUGUUGUGAAUUCUGACUAUGUAAGUUUCCUAUCUUAGAAUUCAUCCCAUUUCAACCUAAAUUAGAAGCUUGUACUUAGUGCCCCAGCUUGGCUUCCUAUUGCUGAAAUAAAAGACCAUGACCGAAACCAA